GAAGAGCUUCCUGGUCUGCCUUUUCCUUCCUGCCCCACAUGGGCUCCUUCCUUGGGCAAAACCCCAUCUUUUCUUGGCUGGCACUCAUGGCACUGUUCCUGGAGGUGAGGCAGAGGACCCAGACAGGGCUUCUCAUUAUCAGAGAACUGAAGCUGGAAAGCUGGCCUGUGGAUAUUACUGUGAUGCCAUCCUUAAUAGAGCUUAAAACUGGUGAAGACUGCAAGGCACUGAAGCUUCCACAAGAGGUCAAACUUGUUCCUUCUUCAUGUCGUGGACUGCAGUAUGUGCCUGGUGAUGGCUUACAUAUGAGAUUUCUAGUUCAAGCAAGUUUAAAUACAGAAAUGCUGCCAACUGUUGGUGACAGUCUUAAAUCCAAAAAGCGCUUCACCUUUUACUGCCAGACUUGUGGCGAGAGUAUAAUAAGUGAUCAGACCUUUCUUAGAGUCCUUUCCCUUCCCAGUGAAAACUGGAGUGAUUUGGUGGACGAGUGGUGUUGUCACCCCAACCCCUUCAAUGAGAGUGUGUUUCAUCCACAAAAGAAUGACUGUUUUCUGGGACACAACUACUUCCUGAUUAAUCCAGGAAACGAGUCACCUGAAUCAGGAUUUCAAAUUUGUCAUUCAGAAUCUCAGGAUCCUUCUUCCAAAAACAGUGGCUCUGCCUCGAAUUCUGAGGCAAAUAGCAGAGUAAUUUGCAAGCGCUGCAGAACAUUGCUGGGAGAGGUUAUGCCCUCAGGUGUUACAAAAUACUAUUUCACUGAAUUGCUUGUUCAGCCAUCAGAAGACUGCUUCAACACAAUACCAAGGUCUCUCUUUAUACAGAGUGCUGUAGCCCGGUGCCUUGUAGAGCUUUCUUCUUCUAGAAGCACAUUUAGAUUCAGCAUAGAAGGGACUGAUGGGGCAGUCUACAUCCUGAUCUGGCUACUAAAUUCUGACACUUUGCUGGUGGAAUCUUUGGGAAACAUUGCAUCCAGUGAGGAUUUUACUUUACUUGAACAUGCCAUGCCAUCUGAUUCAAGGCCUUCAAAGAUUCAGAAAGCUAUUAAACUUCUUUAUCAUCCCUGCAUAAAAAGCAGAAAUAAAGAUCUUUAUGAUACUUGGAGAAAUGACACUGGAGUACAUCCUCUAAGAUUUCCAUCAAAAACCUGUUUGGAUCUCCUGCUGAUACUGUCUCAGAGUACUGCUUCAUUGCCACCUUCCCUCCAAUGGAUGAAUUCUUUCCAGAGAUACUUUCUGUGACCUACUUGAGCAACUGUGAAAAAUGAUUUUGCCAUCCUUUCAUGACAGGGAAAUCUCAAAGAAGAGUUCAGAAGUAUCUUAGUUUAGGUAGUUCUGAUAGGAUGAGCAUUGUUUGUACUUGUCUCCCUAUAUUUCUCAUUUAUUUCUGUCUUCUUAAUGUGCAUGACCACUUGCUAAACAUAGGUAGAUACUUUAAAGGACAAUUUCCCCAAAACGAGAGUAAUGUGGAACAGAAAGCAAUCAAGAAGAUUUUUUUAAAAGGUACAAAGCAUAUUUGGUAAGUGUAGGAAUGAAGAAAAUCUUAAAAGAUUAUUUCUGUGACAAGAAGUUACUGUAAAUUGAUAGAAUUAUUAUUCAAUCAGCCCACAGACUCUACUUGCUCAUCCCUCUCUUAAGGGAAGAAAUGGUGUGUGUGUGUGUACCAAGACUGAAAAAUCUGUUUCCAAUUUCAAAAACAGUUAAAAUGUAAAGCUACUAUCUAGAAAUCCCAUUCUUUCUUCCAUUCUUCAUUUGGCUUAUCUCCUAAAGAAAACAAACUGAUGGUAGUUCCAACUCAUUUGAAUUCCCUCCCCUUGUGCCUGUGACCUGCCUGGUUUACUUGGAACAAGUCCUGUUGAUUUCAGUCAGUUCCAUAUUUUGGUGACUAUUAAGAUGAAUGUUUAGAACAAUGCUCAGAACAAUGGAAUUUUACCCGGUUUUAUCAGUGAGUCUGAAUGGAAGCUUAAAACACACAGCAAUGAAGUUUUUAAAAAUUUACAACAAUAAAUUGUUAACUCAUUGCCAGGAGCCCCAAGUAACUCAUGCAUGCUUUCUAGGGCUUGCAGAGGUAUGGAAGCCUAGGAAGUUCCUUGAUACAGAAUAUCUUUCUGAAAGCAAAUUAACUUGGCUGUACUGUACCUUAUUUUGCUCAAAGUCCACACAUAUAUGUGGCUAUACCCAAUAUUCUGCAAAUAGACCUUUGUGUUGGAAUAGUGGCAAGCUCUACACUUGAGUCAUUAUAAGGUUGGUAACCAUUAUCGGGUUAAUAUAGAGUUCCUGAGGGUAGAUGACUUUCACCUGUGUGUGUAUAGCUCUAAUUAAGUUUUCACCCUUAAUAAGGCUGGCCUUGUAGUGAGCUCUCUCUCUCCCUUUUGCUCACUCUAUCCUUAGCCUUUCUUUCUGUUGUAUUAUGCUUGUGUUAUGUAGUUUAUAUUAUUUGCUAUUUGUUAUUAUGUAUGCCAUUGUUAUGCUUUAUUUACUAUCAUUUGUAUAUAUGUGUUUAAUGUGAUUUUGUUAUACUGCUUUGUUACCCUUUUUAAGUAUUUAGAUAAAAACAUUUUAUACUACUUUGUCCCUUUAGUCUCUUUUCAAACCCAUUGUUACAACACUUUGUUCAUGCUAUAGAAUUUGCAUUGCUCUCCUCUUCCCCAACCCUCCAGAGCAGAUUGAAAGACCCAUGGCUGGUAGUCUGCAAAGCAAUUGGGAAUCCAUUCCUCCAGUGAUUUACAUUUUAGUGAUGGCUAGAUAGCUAUAGAUGCAACUUUUACUUUCCAGUAAUGAAUUCUUCCAUGCUAAGUCCAUUUCAUUCCCAACUAGAGUAGCCCACUGAAAUGAACAGGACCUUUUAGUCACCACUUGUAGCAAGUCCCAAUGAUUUCAGUAGGGCUCCUCUAGUUGAGAGUAAAACUGGAUUUAGCACUUACUGGUAGUCUUCUGUGUUGCUCCCAUCUGCACCCCCAUUUGCACCAUGCUUUUCACUCCAGUUUCAAUUUACUUAUUUAUUAAAAUUAGUUAUAUGCUG